AUGGUGAGAGAAGCCCACGAAUUGCUUGAUGGCAGCAGGCCAAUACCUAUAGACAAAAUUACAUACGAAUUAUCUCAAAAUAUAAUAUUAGCAUUUGAUAAUAAUGAACAUAUAAAAAGAAAUAAAGAUGUACAAAUAGAAAUCGAAGCCAGGAUUGGAUUAGUAAUAGAUAAGAAUAAACACAGAUUGAAAUUGCCUAUUUAUACUGAUGCAAUUGUCGAAAAUAAUUUCUCGGAUUUCCAAUCUGGUGUUGAUAAAGAUUCUUUUCAGUAUUUAUUAAAUUAUUUACAUAACAUGACACGAAGAAAUAAUACACAGUCAUGUACCACUAACAAUAAUAAUACAAAUUUAAACGAUAACAACAAAGAAGGUAACAUUCCUAAUUUGAAUAACCCAAACAAAAAUGUAAACAGAAAUGAUACCUCGGCGAUUGCCAAUAGCACAAAUAAUGUAAUAGACGAACAUGAACAAAAAAAAAAAAAUAAUAAUAAUAAUAAUAGUGAUAAUAAUAAUAAUAGCAAUAGUAAUAAUAAUGGUGAUAAUAAUAAUAAUAGUAAUAAUUUUUUGAACGAAAAAGAAAAUUCGAUAUACGAGUUUGUAGCUUUAAAAUCAUAUAAAAGUGUAGAUAAAUAUUAUAUACUAAAAAAUGAGAACAAUUCUCGAAUUAGAGUUACAACUAAUAUGGAUGAAAGCGAAAAUGAAAAAAAUCAAAGUAUGAUAAAAUCUUUACAUAAAGAAAAUAUAAACACAUGGAAUGUUUAUCUCGGUAAUAAUAAGGAUUAUUUUGAAGAUGAUGAUGAAGAAGAAGAUAAUGAGGAUGAUGAAACAACUAAAAAUAAACAUAACAAAAAUAUGAAUAAGCAAAACAAUAGUAAAAAUAAAGAUAAUAAUACAGAUGAUUGUUUAGAUUAUCGUAUAUCAAUAAACUUAGAACAUACAAAACCUAUUAGUAAACUAUUUUUAUCAAAAAUUACACCAGUUUAUGAAAGAUAUAAAGAAAGAACAAGUUUUAUAAAUAAAUAUAUGGGUAUUCAAUUCGAUUUAACAAAAAUAAAAACAAAAGAUAAUAAUGAAUUUUAUGAAAUCGAAAUUGAAAUUCCCACAAAAAGUAUUUUCAAAGCUAUGUCAAAUUUAAGAAAUAAAAAUGAUUCAAAUUAUUUGCAUUUUAUUUGUUCGAAUUUAAUAAAUAAUGCUAGAGGAAUAUGUAGCCAAUUAAAUUUAUUUAAAAAAAAUAACUUUAUGAAAAUCGGGCUAAAUAAUAAUGAUAUAUUGCCAUCCAUACCAGCUUCUCAAGUUAAUUAUUCUCAUUCUCAAAAUGAACAAAAGUUGUUUAAAAAAUAUAUACAUUCAGUAUCGCCUAUUAUAGGAGAUUAUAUGUUUAGGCUUGUUUCAAAAAAUGAGAAAAUUAUUCAAAAAAAGAUAAACGAUAGCAAUAUAUCGAACCACGACAAAAUUAAUAUGUUUAAAAAUAUAAUAGACAUUAGAAGGCAUAAUAAAAAAUGUACAAAAUCAGUUACUCAAACAUAUGCAGAAAAUAGAUGGAAAGUUGUUAAAAAUGAAAAAGCACAAAAUGUUAUCGUUUUGGUAUCAGAUAGUAGCGACCAAAGUGAUGGAGAAGAACACCAAAAUAGUCAAUAUGAAAACAUAAAACAAAACAGAACAAGCGAUCAAAAUUCACCACAUAACAAUUCUAGUGAUAAUAAUGCACAUUUUAAUGAUCAACAUAACGAAGACAAUGAUUACGAAAACAAUAAUUUACAUUUUUAUAAUGAUGAAAAAAAUGAUACUGAACCAAUAAAUAAUAAAAAAAAUAAAGAUACCAGUUUUUAUGAUGAUACAUAA